CCGGAGCUUGCGGCGUUGUUAGGAAUGGUACGAGGAGGCUCGGCGUAUCCUAUUCUCGUCACUGGAACUUUUAUCAAACGGGAUGGCUAUUUCGAGCUUGGCCGUGUUGUGCAUGGAUGUUGUGUUCGACUGAGUCGAGCUUUGUUGGCGGUGACGCGGAGUGGAUCGGUGAACGCGUUUAGCGCCAUUGAGCAGGCCGAGGCCAUCCCCAUUCCUGACAAAAACCGGGCAAUCAAAAAAGAGCGCUCGUGUUCGCAAAGUGUAUUCACCCCCUGCAUGCUCGUUAGACAACUCGCUGUUGCGUCCGUGUUGUUGUACGGAUCGACGAAUGCGUUGUGGGUGCGAGACGUGAAUGGGAAUUGGGUUCGACCCAGUUGGGAAAAACGCGCAAACCAGGGCGACGUGCUCAAACUGCCAUUAACCAACAAGGGCAACAAAUCCUACAGUACACCUGUAAAGAUGGGCACUCCGUUCCAAGAGGUGCAGAUGGCCGUGUCCCUCAGCCAAAACUAUAUCUGCGUAGCGAGUAGCCAACAACAAGGUGCUUCCGGAUUUUAUAAUCCAACGGCUUCUUCGAGUUACUCUGCCGGCUCGAGCAGCGUCGCAUUCACAAAUACUGCGGGUACAGCCGUACAGGCUAGCUUUGCCUCGGAAACGUGCGAUGUGGCCGAGUUUACUUACAAUGCCUCGGUGGCUAUUACUGCACCCGCUGUGACGGAUACGCUUUACCCUGAUGGAUGCCAUGGUAUCCUCGGGUACGGUGUCGAUCCGAAACCAGACGUACCCACCAAUAGCACCCUCUUGGAGGCUGUUUGUGGUAUUGAGCUCAAUAGGGACGAGCCCGGUUUACAAGGUGGGACAUUUACCAUGGGUGGAAAGGACGAGACUGCUUUCACUGGCGAGUUUACCGUUUUGAACGUCCCCGGUGCGGAUGCUGCCCCCAAUCGACCAUCCUGGACAGUCCCCCUUGACGACAUCAGCGCUCGAGUCAGUGAGACCUCGGACAACUCGACCAGUUUCCUCCAAGACCCGUACUUGGCUAUUCCAGGAACGGCGGCGAGCAAUUUGUACGCCCAAGUGGAAGGAGCGACCGAAGUCCCCGCGACGACCGCAUCCACUGGUCUUUCCACUGGCAACAGACGCUACACUGUCCCUUGCGGAUCAAAGGUGACCCUCACCCUCACGUUUGGUGGUAAAUCCUUCCCCAUGGACAUUCAAGAUUUCAUCUCGAAAGAAGGGGACGUGACUUUUGGAGCCAUCUUUGAUGAUCAAGGCGCCCCGACAUUCAACGUUGCGUUCGCAGAUAAGGCAACUCGCACAGCUACCACCGGAUCUGGAACUCCUACUGGCUCUGCUUCAGCCACCGCGACCGUCUCCAACGGUUCAACGGGUAACGCCUUCAUGAACGCCCCCACCACAUCGUUGGUCUCGCUCUUAUUGGGUGAGGAUCAGGCGACCCUGCGAGACGCUUCUUCAUUCAAAAGAGGAGAAUGUCCUAUGGCCAAGGCUGCUCUAGAUAGAUAUACACUAGGAAAUAUCGUGGGGUGGAUAAGGGUCUUUGUCAAUGUCGAUUUGGGGUGGAAUGGUGGGUGUAUGGUAGCAGCCCGAGUAGAAGCGAGGGUGAAAAGGUUAUAUUCGAUAACUAGUUGUAAAAUCACUGGUGGUGGGAGCAAAAUCGAUUAG